AUGCUAACUUUCUUGGCCUUUCUUCCCCUUGCUGGGCUGUGCUCAGCCCAGGCCAUAUCUUUCUGUGUGGCAAGCAGCCCAGUUCCUCAGGCAGCUCCUAUCGAUCCCUCCCCAGUCGGCUUCUCGUACGACUUUGGAUUUGAUGAAUGGUGGUUCAACGUUAGCAAUACGCGCGCCUGUCAUGCCACUCUGAAGAGUCUGACUGGACAAUGGCCAGUCGUCCGUCUUGCCGGUGGGAUGGACGACACUGCCGUGUUCGACCCUAAUCUUCCCGUCACGAGAAUGGACGCGAAUAUCACAGGGCUAGCUGAUGCGUUAUAUUAUGGACCUCGCUACUUCACGGAAGUUCUGGCCAAAUACCCAGGUCCGAUUAUCUUUGGUCUCAAUCGAGGAGCGGAUAAUAUAACCAACACCAUUAUCGCGGCCAAAUACAUGAAAAAACUCUUGCCCAACUUGAUUGCGACAGAAAUAGGCAACGAACCAGACAUCUAUGCCGCCACCGGCGCCCAUUAUGGCAGCUCCGAGUCUGCUCCCCAGCUGAUUGUCGUCAAUGCUGGAGGCGUCAAUGCCUGGACGCCAGCUAAAGAAGCUAUGUCUGCAGUGCAGUGGCAGUUAGCGAUUGGAGAAGCUCUGCAAGAACCACAUAUUAUCCAGAUUGGAGGCUACGUCGCUCCCAUAUGGUACACUAAUGCAACCUACCUCCUAUCCCAAGAAACGCCAGAAGCUUUCAAGUACAUUAAGUCUUUCUCGCAUCACUUUUACCCGCAAUCGGUAUACCCCCUGUCCAUUUCUGGAGCGCCCAACUUGACGGAACUGAUGAGCCACGCAAAUAUUUCGGCGAAUGUGGCAGAAUUUGCGAUCGAUAGGGUUUCAACAGAUGAGCAUGGUAUGGCGUACAUCUUUGGUGAAACAAACACAGUUUCCGGAGGCGGAUCCCCCAUAAUAUCUCCAACGUUUGGGUCCAGCCUCUACAUCCUCGACUACGUGCUUCGCGCCGCAAGCAGCAAGAUUGUGCGACUAAACUUCCACUUCCAGUCCUAUGGUACUUCGUACUACAUUUGGUGGGACAAGGCUGGCGUUCGCUCUCCAUACUAUGGUGGAUAUGUUGCGGCCGAAGUUUUGGCUGGCCAGUCAUACAUCGCUGCCUUGGACGAUGGGACCACCAACUAUGCCGGUUAUGAGGUUUAUUCAAAAUCCAAGAGACUAUCAAAGGUGGUUCUCAUUAACACCGACUACUUCGAUGGUAACGGAACCCGUUCAUCUAAAGAGUUUACUCUCACUGGGCUGGCCGCAAAGUCAGUAUCAGCCAAGCGACUCACCGCGACUAGUGCGAUGUCCCGUCAAGAUUUUGGAGAUGCACCGACAUAUGGAGGGAGAUCCUUCUCUGACCUUGGUUGCCAUCUUAGCGGAAAGGAGGUGAUAGAAGAAGUACCACUCAAAGGUGGCAAGGCAAAACUCACCGUAUUUGCUUCGGAGGCAAUUGUCGUUACUUUGUGA